AACAUCGCCAUUCGCCAAAAGCUAAACAAUACCGAUAGCCUGUUUUGUGUAUGAAGCGAGGGACAGCCUUACAGCCAAGAGAGAGGUCUUUUCUAACGCCUCACUGAAAGUUUCGUGGUUCAGCGAAGAACUAUGAAGUAAAGUUUCACGUUUAGUCAACGUUUUCAAGUUCGCGCGCUAGAGAUGGGCAGGCGAACCACUAACUUUGUGACAAUCGCGGCUUGGCUGGCUCUGGUUUUGUUUCAAAAGAUUACCUCGCAAGGAUGUGACCUUAAGUGUGCGACAGAUUUCUCGCCCGUAUGCGGAUCUGACGGCAACACAUAUGCCAAUGAAUGUGUCCUCAGGUCGGAGUCAUGCAUCAGCAGGAAGGUCAUAACAGUAGCAAGCAAAGGAUCUUGCGACAAUGAUGCUUGCAACAUCAAAUGCACGGCAGAUUAUAAGCCAAUCUGUGGAUCCAAUGGCAAGACAUAUGCGAACAUAUGUGUAAUGAGAGCUGAAGCUUGUUUGCAGAAGAAGGAAAUUACAGUUGCCCAAGAGGGCGAAUGCCCAAGCGAAUGCUUCCAGCCUAUUGAUUUGGUCUUCGCACAUGAUUCAUCUGGUAGCGUGAAAACUGGAGGUUUCCAGAAGAUCAAAGAUUUUACCAAAACUCUCGUCAGCUCAUUUAAAAUCGGUGUUCAAGAAACACACGUUGGAGUGAUUGUUUUCAGCCAUGUUGCUAAAGUUGCUAUUCGCUUAGACGAGACAUUUGACAAGGCCACUCUUUUAGAUAAAAUCGACAACAUCUCUUACCUUGGCUACACUACGGCAACUGACGACGCUCUAAGACUCUCAAACACAGAGAUGUUCUCUCUUAAAGGGGGUAUUCGACAAAACGUACCUCUUGUUCUAGUUGUGCUAACGGAUGGCAAUUGUACAGCAUGCAAAGAGGAUGUUUCAAUUCCUGCAAACGCUUUGAAAGCUAAAGGAGUCAACAUUUUCGCCAUUGCUGUUGGCAAUAAAGUUGACAUUAAGGAAAUCCACUCGUUUGUUUCAUCCCCUCCAUCAGAACACCUUCUGCAGGUUGAUGGCCUAGACAAACUGAAAACUGUUAUAAAACAACUUUCGUACAAAGGGUGUCAAGCCAAACGCGGAAAGUGCCCCUUGCUUCCUGCAACUGCCACAUGUUCUGACAAUGAAGUGAAUGAAUGUGGGGCCGACAGAAUGUGCCCCGGAACCCAAAAAUGUUGUUUUAAUGGUUGCAGCCGUAAAUGCGUCUUUCCACUUCUGAAUUGCUUAGUCCCUGUUGAAAUCGGAUUUGCCCUGGACUCUUCUAGUAGUAUAAGGGACUUUGCUUACAUCCGCAUGAAGGAGGUUGUGAAGAAAAUCGUGGAUUCCUUCGCUGUGUCGCAGAGCAAUGCACGUUUUUCGGUUCUGUUGUAUAGCACAGAUGCUAAAGUUGAGUUUAAUUUAGUGCGUUACGAUGAUGCUGAAAGCAUCAAAAGAGCGAUCGACAACCUGCCACACAUGAAGACUGGCACGAGGAUUGACAAGGCUUUGCGACAAGCUAAAAAGAGUAUUUUCAGUCUAGAUGGAUAUGUGAGGCAAAGACGACCCAUGGUAUUGGUUGUUGUCACAGAUGGAAGCACCAAUCGUGGCUCAGAGGACCUCAGUGUUGCCGUGAAACCAUUGAAGGAUUUCGGAGUAAAUGUCAUUGCAGUCGGGGUAGGACCUGAGGUCAACCAUUACGAAUUGAAAAAGUUCGCUUCAACACCACCAGAAGAUUAUAUUUUCACCGGAAAGAACUUUGACGAACUGGUUCCAAGUUUGUUUGGUAUAACCGAGAAAAUUUGCAGAGAGAAACCUGGGACAUGCCCUGUUACCAAGCAAAGAAAUGACUGCCUUUUGAGCAACAAUGAGUGUAAAACGGAUUUUGAGUGCUAUGGAGAAUCUAAAUGCUGUUUUGAUGGAUGCAGAAGGACCUGUACUCAAAGACCAGGUGUCUGCCGUCGUAAAGUCGAUUUGACAUUUGUGUUGGAUCACUCUGAUAGCGUUGGUGCUGAAAACUUUGAAAAAGUGAAGCAGUUUGUCGCUCGGACCAUGGAAAAUUUCAAUGUUGGACCAGACCAGACCCAUGUCUCAGUUGUAUGUUUCGGCACCCAAGCUAAUGUAGAAUGGACCUUUAAAGACUAUCCCGGACAAAACAUGCGCCCGGCAAUAGAUUCACUAGGAAAGAUACGUUACACCGGAGGGCUGUCUCGCCUCGACCUGGCUCUUGAUCUCGUAAACGAGGGUAUAUAUAAUGAGAAUAAUGGACUGCGCAAGUAUGCGUUUAAGCUUAUGGUUAUUAUUACCGAUGGCGGCAUCGGAGCAAUCAGCGGUAUGCGGGGCAGCAUCAAGGCAUUGAAAUCAAAAGGUGUCAAUUUCGUAGCACUUGGUGUCGGACCAUUAAAGGAAAUUAAAACCUUAGAGACAAUAACAAACUACGGAAAUGGCAACAGUCGUGUCUUCUUGGUAAAGACCUUCUCUAAUAUGAAGCAGUAUUCCCAAGAUGUCGCCGACACCGCAUGCUUUGCACCAGCAGCAGUUGUUCCCCCGGGAAAAAUUACGGAGGAAACUAAAACAGAAAACACGAAAUGUGGCGCUCCAAAAUGUAUAAAAGGACCAAAAGGUUCCAUGGGACGACACGGGCCACCUGGACCGCAAGGACUAGCAGGAGAAAACGGCCCUCCUGGUGCACCCGGACCACAAGGACCAAAAGGGAGCCGUGGUGACCCAGGAUUGCAAGGUUCUCGAGGAGGAAGAGGAGACUUGGGACUUCAAGGAAUGCCCGGCCAUCCGGGUCUAAAUGGAAUACCGGGAGUUCCUGGUGUCGAAGGUAGGCCCGGGCGCCCCGGAGAUUGCGGAAUCAAAGGCAAACCGGGGGAUGUAGGACCUGAUGGUGUUGAUGGUCUCCCAGGAGUUGCUGGACCACUUGGUGAAGCUGGACCAAGAGGACCUAAGGGAGAGCCUGCAAGUAAUAUUUUUAACAACAUCCCCUUGAAGAAGGGAACAGUGGGAGACCCUGGUGACGAAGGUUAUAGCGGACUGAUGGGAGACAACGGUUCAAAUGGAUUAAAAGGAAACCAAGGAGAAGCUGGUGAUACAGGUGAUGAGGGCGAUGAUGGUGUUAAGGGUGAACCUGGAACACCGGGAAGAGUUCUCCAAGAAAUUAAAGGAGAGAAAGGAGAACAAGGACCACGUGGUGAACCUGGUCGAAAAGGAGGACUGAAAAAAGAAUUGGUAGACUCCUCUUUUAUGGGACCUGUUGGCUUGAAAGGACUAAAAGGUGAACCUGGCGUAGUUGGACCAAAGGGUGAACCCUUGACUCUACCUGGCGAGAAGGGAGUUAGUGGUGCACCAGGAGCAACCGGUGACAAGGGGUUCCGUGGUGACAGUGGACCGAAGGGAAAGAAAGGAGUGCCUGGUUUCCCUGGAACAAUUGGAGAUACGGGAUCUGUUGGAUACAAAGGUCUAAAAGGAAAAGCUGGACAAGAUGGUGAGAAGGGACGCCGUGGAGACGAGGGCCCCGCAGGACCACGUGGUGCAACCGGUGAUGUAGCUCUGGAGGCACGAAAGGGUGACAAAGGCCCAAAUGGAAUACAAGGAGAAAAGGGCGACAUUGGAUCAAGGGGAGAAAUCGGAGACAAAGGACCCAAGGGUUUACGGGGCAAAGAUGGUAUGAUAACACCUGGUGAAACAGGAGAUCUUGGAGAUCCAGGCCCACCCGGGCCAAGGGGUGAUCCAGGAAGCGAAGGUCUUCCCGGUAUGAUAGGACCAAUGGGACCACCCGGACCUGAAGGAAACCCAGGUCCAGUCGGAGAGCCCGGAAGAACUCCCGCAAGAGUUGAUGGAAAAGAUGGUAUGAUGGGCCCUCCAGGUCCAAAGGGAGGAAGAGGGGCAAUUGGAGAUCCAGGACCCCCAGGAGAUAGAGGAGUGAACAUAACAGUGAAAACCCUUUGUUCUGGUGGUGUUUGCCCCAAAGGCGAUCGUGGAGUAGCUGGCCCUCCUGGAUCAACUGGUGAAGCAGGAGCUGUAGGCCCAGACGGACCACGGGGCCCUAAAGGUUUUAAAGAUAAGUGUCCAACAUGCCCUCCUGGUGAACCAGGUAGCCCAGGUGAUAUUGGAUUUCCUGGAAAAGUUGGUCCGGCUGGUCGAAAAGGUUCAACAGGAGAGCCGGGACAGAAGGGAGUGGAAGGAAAACUUGGUAGCGCUGGAGAUGCUGGUCCCUUUGGAGAACAGGGUGAUGCUGGACAACCUGGUAAUAGAGGUGACCCCGGACAAAAGGGAGAGACAGCUGAUCAGCCAAGUAUAAUCAAUGGUGACAGAGGGGAAGUAGGCGAUAAGGGUCAAGAUGGAAGGAGGGGCCAGCAAGGAGUUAUUGGCCCCGAAGGUCCUAGAGGAGAGAAAGGACAACGGGGUAUUGAUGGAGUAAGCCCAGGAAGGGGUGAGAGGGGCAUCACUGGAGACCGAGGACGCAACGCGCGCAAAGGAUCAAGCGGACCGCGCGGUGAAACUGGUGACGCCUUAAAUGGGCGAAAGGGCACCAGAGGUGACGUGGGAGACCCAGGAGAGCCAGGAGAAAGAGGUUUAGCUGGUCGGACUGGCAGUCGUGGAAUUCAAGGGGAAGGUCCCAUUUCAGCUGACUUCCAAAUUUACAACAUCUCAAAAGGUGCAAAAGGUGGCGUUGGAGAUGUUGGGGAAGAUGGAGACCCAGGAGAACAAGGCACAGCUGGUCAACGUGGUGAUACCGGUGUCAGAGGCGAAAAGGGAGACAAGGGUGAAGUUGCACCUGAUGUAUUGGCACUUCUUAGAGAUGAUCCAGGUGCGACACCGUCUAAAGGUGAGAAGGGCGUGCAAGGUGCAAAAGGUGUCAGCGGUGAUGAUGGGCCUAAGGGUACGAGAGGUGAUCAUGGUUUGGCUGGGAAAGUUGGCGCUAAAGGACCGAUUGGAGCAAAAGGAAAAAGCCAUUGUGAAAACGGUGGAAGCGGCAACCUUAAAGAUGAGAAACGAGAUAUCGCCUUCCUGGUUGAUUGCUCGGCUUCUUUGAGAGAGGAGAAUUUCUUGGCACAGAAAAAUGUCAUCAAGGAAAUUAUCAAAGUAAUUUACCCCGCAUCGAUCGAAGGCAACAGAAUUGGGAUCAUUCGCUAUAGUGACACUGCAAAGAUUGAAGCAAACCUUAACGAUUAUUUCACCAAUAAAGAUCUGUAUACAUCAAUUGAAGGCAUACCGUUUUCAAAAGGAGGCUCAAGAAUCGACCUUGCCCUGCAAAUGGCGAGGGAUAGCUUAUUUACAGUGGCUAAUGGUGCUCGAGCGGAUGCCAAAAAGAUUAUAAUUCUCCUGUCGGAUGGCUAUCAAAGCACAGCCCUAGAUAUGGAAUCCCCAAUUAAGAUUGCUGCAGAGCUUAAAAGCCAAGGAAUGCGAAUCUACGUUCUUGCUGGUGGACCAGAGAUCGACUGGAAUCUUUUGUCGCAAGUUGCUUCCAGUCAAAGGGACGUGGUGGAAGCGAGAAAUUUCAACGACCUUUUCAAUCGCUUCUCUGUUGUCCAAGAUGCAUUGCAAAUUGGAUGUUCUACUGCAAAAGGAGAACGAGGUGAUCCUGGAGAACCAGGAGACGUGGGACCCCCUGGACCAAUCGGGCCCAUCGGCAGAAAGGGAGCAAAAGGACUUUCAUUCAUGGGUGGUAGUGGUUCUCGUGGACAAAAAGGGGAAAAAGGUGCCUCUGGAGACGGUAUCCCUGGCUUACCAGGGCAGCAAGGCUUGAUGGGAUUCCCAGGAGCUACAGGAGCAAAAGGUGACGCUGGAGAGGCAGGAAGACCUGGACCAAGAGGCCAAGCAGGAAGCGCUGGUGAUCCCGCCACCUCGGCGCCAGAAGGGCCAAAAGGAUUCCCAGGACUUGCUGGACCAAAAGGAAAAUCUGGCAAAAAGCUUUGCCGUGAGGUUCUAAGAACGGAUCUAGCAUUCUUCUUGGACUCCUCGUCAAGUUUAGGCACAGAUAAUUUCAAAAAGACCAAAGAUUUCGUCAAACUAGUUGCCAAUGCAUUUGAUGUUAGCCCUGCAAACACACACGUAUCUGUGGCGACUUAUGGCCAGAGCUUGCAAACUGAAUUCGACUUCACUCGAUACACCAACAAAAAGGAUCUGUUCGAUGCAAUCGAUGCAAUUCCAUAUCGAAGUGAACGUUUCACAUACAUUGACGAGGCUCUUCUAGCUGCAGAUCGAAAUGUUUUUACUGCAGCAAACAACGCCAGAACCGACGCAUUCCGGGCCGUGCUCUUACUGACGGAUGGACAGCAGUCGACCAAACCGCGAGGUGAAAAGACCUACAAUUUAGCUGCAUUAGCCAAGAAGCUUCGCGAUAGAGGUAUACGUGUUUAUGUAAUGGGUGUCGGUGCUGAGGUCGACCGGUUACAGCUGAGAAUGAUGGUUGACGUCGAUCAUCACCUCUUCCUGAAAGAAGACUUUGAAUCGUUAAACGCCAGGAUUGAAGAAGAACUGGUUGAGCUGAACGAUCUCGGGUGUGCUGGUCAAAAAGGAGAGAAAGGCUCUUUCGGCAGCAAAGGAGAAAAGGGAUUAGUAGGACCAGUUGGACCCAAGGGAGAAAAGGGACCCCUUGGAGACCCAGGCUUGAAAGGAAGUAUCGGUGAGCCCGGCAAACCAGCGUUCUUCAAUUCGAUUGGAAACAAAGGAGAGAAGGGUUUCAUUGGUGUGAAGGGAUUGCCAGGAUUGCCAGGAUGUCCUCCGGAUGCUAGGAUAAAUGAAGUUCCUUUGGAUCUCGCAUUCUUGAUGGAUGCUUCUGGUUCCUUGUACCUUGACAAUUAUGACAAAGAGAAAACAUUUGUCAAGAACGUCAUCGAAAAGCAAUUGAUUGGCAGAAGACAGACACGUGUUAGCGUCAUGGCAUACAGCAAAAGUGCAACUAUUUUUGUCAAAUUUGAUCAAUAUUUUGACAAAGAGAGUUUGAAGUCUGCAGUUGAUGAAAUCCCUUACGAGUCAUCAAACACAAGGAUCGAUCGAGCAUUGAUAUUAGCUAAAGAACAGAUGUUCACAGCUGCAAAUGGAGCCAGACCCUAUUCCAGGAAGGUAGUCGUUCUGCUAACCGAUGGCCAACAAUCUGUCGAGCCUGGCUCAGUCGAUGUUACCGUGGCUGCGAGGGCGCUUCGUGGCGAUGAUGUCGAGAUAUUGUCUGUUGGUAUCGGCCCAGAAAUCGAUCUUAUACAGUUGAAUGAAAUCGUAUCGAAAUCUUCAUACGUCUUUUUUGCAGCUGAUUUUGAUCGUCUUAUCAGAGAGAUUUCUUCAGAGGUUGCUUCUGCCCUCGUUUGUACAGGCGGGCCGUACGGUCCCCAGGGUGAUAGCGGUCCAAUAGGAAAGGCUGGACCUGUAGGCCCAAAAGGUUUGCCUGGAGACAAGGGCACCAAAGGAGAGAUUGGCAACCAAGGUCGCGGUGGAUUCCAAGGAGAGGACGGUUUGCAGGGACCAGAUGGAGGCAGGGGAAAACAGGGUAUCAAAGGAGAUACAGGUGAUGUUGGUGAAAAUGGCCCAAAAGGAGACGUUGGCCCUCAAGGCGGAAAGGGAGACACAGGUGUGCAAGGUAUUCAAGGAGAUGCUGGCCCUCUUGGUUCUAGAGGACCCAAAGGUUUCAAGGGUUUUAAGGGAGCACAAGGCGAGGUGCCUGAAAAUGCCCGUAGAGGGCCUGGUCCAAAGGGAGUUAAAGGAUCAAAGGGAGAGACUGGACAGGCUGGGUUCCCUGGCUUUGAUGGAGAUGACAGCAACAUGCCACUCAGUGCACUGAACCGUUUGUUCAAAGGAUCUUCAGGUUCCCGUGGAGACCAAGGUGACAUAGGAGAAAAGGGUCGGGAGGGACAGCUGUUGUCUCCUCCUGGGAACAUUUUGGGACGAAAUGGUUCAGAAGGUCCUGCCGGACAGAAAGGAGAAAAGGGACUACAAGGGCUACCAGGAGAUAUUGGACCCCAAGGUCCUGCUGGAACAAAAGGUUUUCCGGGUCUGGAUGGUUUGAAGGGCGAAAAAGGUGAAGGUGGUCCAAAAGGAAAAUUAGGAAGAAAGGGUCGAGAUGGAGCUCGCGUCCCCGGUCCAGAUGGUGAACCAGGCUACAUUGGAUUCCCAGGACGUAUUGGCCCAAAAGGAGAACAAGGUUUACAAGGAUUUAUGGGACUUAAUGGACCAAAAGGUGAAAUAGGAGAAAGAGGGCCAAAAGGUUUCCCAGCUGAACCACCCAAUGGAGUAAAAGGUUUCAAAGGUUUCCCAGGAGAUCCUGGAGAAGUCGGGAAAAUCGGUCCAAAGGGAGAAGAAGGCGAACAAUUAGACGGUGAGCCAGGUGCGCCAGGUGAGGUUGGUCCAAUUGGUAUUAAAGGAGAUCGUGGAAUCCAGGGACCUAGGGGACCAAAAGGAGCCAGAGGUUUUGCCGGAACACAAGGCCCCAGAGGAAUUGACGGAGAAGACGGUGAUCCAGGAAUAGACGGACCAAAUGGUCCCAAAGGUGAUAUGGGUGAAGUUAUCUUUGAUUCGAGCAGCAGCAAAGGAGAGCAAGGAGAUUUUGGCCCCCCAGGAGAUACGGGAAAAACAGGUCCACAAGGUCCCCGAGGACCAGAAGGACCAAUUGGACAAGAAGGACCAAAUGGUGUCAAAGGAGAACGAGGAAAGGAUGGUAUGCCUGGUCUGCCAGGUGACCGCGGUCUUGAUGGAGAAAAAGGUCUACCGGGACUUGGCGGGCCUUUGGGACAAGAUGGUCCAGAGGGAGAUCAGGGUCUUCCUGGGCCUAUCACGGUGGCUGAAGGAUUCUACAUUGUCCGUCACAGCCAGUCUGAUAUAAUUCCUCAAUGUCCAAACGGAUUAAAAAAGCUGUGGCAUGGAUACUCGUGGUUGUAUUCCGUUGGAAAUGGAAUGGCACAUGGACAAGACCUUGCAAAUGCUGGUUCUUGCGUCAGGUCAUUCAACACAAUGCCAUUUGUGGUCUGCGAUAUUUACAAAAACUGCAGAUAUGCCUCAAGAAAUGACUUCAUGUACUGGUUGUCUGCACAGAACACUCAGCUGAUGUCAGCUGUGUCUUCCUCUGCAGUGACACCGUUUAUAAGCCGCUGCGUGGUCUGCGAAACUCCCUCUGUUCAUAUGGCUGUGCACAGCCAAGACACGACGUACCCAGACUGUCCAUUGGGUUGGAGCAGUCUUUGGACUGGCUACAGUUUCCUUAUGAUGACUGGCAGCGGGGGAACUGGUACUGGUGAGUCUCUGACGUCAUCUGGCUCUUGUUUAGAGAAAUUCCGUUCAAAUCCAUUCAUAGAGUGUAACGGAAAGCGUGGAACCUGUGACUUUUUCAGUGACAAAUUUAGCUUCUGGCUUAGAACCGUAAACAAGCAGGCUAUGUUCCAACCAGCAGAAGUUGAGACACUACACGGCAACAAGGGACAUGACCUCACGUCUCGAGUCAGUAGGUGUCGUGUAUGCACCAAGGGAUUUAACACCAACACAUUAGAAGGACCAAAAACUAAUGGCUCUGGCAAUAUACUUAAUCGACGUUAACUAUUAACGAAUAUUUAAUUCAAAUUGCAUGUAAGGCCAUAGGGUUUUCUUGAUUGCUAUGAAAAGUUGGUAUGGUGUAAGGAAAUUCCGGGCUUUCUGAUCGUUAUGUAACAAGACUAGAGACUAAGUGCAUUAAAAGCUAAUAAUUGUUUGCUCAUUUUCAUUCUUUAUCAGUCAGUUAUUAAUGAUUGCAAAUUGUAUUCAUGUCUUAUUUAUCAGAUAUUGCUAAGUCGGUUUUUCCGUAAACGUUAUAUUCUUCGCGAUCCACACGUGAUAGGUUAUCCAUUUUCUUAACAACGACUACGGAAUUUCGCUUUGUGCGCCUCGCGGUGGUUACAUGAAUAUAUUCCUAUUCUGUGCCACUUCACUGACCCAACUCAGGGUUGUUCUUUAUAACGUCCUUUGACAAUCGUCCCAAACAGACAGCAAUCCUAAUGCCAUCAGAUGGGUCCUAGUUGCACUACAACCAAAUUUACUAAGCUUUACUAAGCUUUGGAAUAAUCAGCAACAUGUUACGGAGCAUGUUUUUUUAUGAAUUUAUUAGCAUCUGUGGAAUUGAGUUGUUUAGGGCAGCUCUUUAUAGAUUUAUCUGACGUUGCCUGGUUUUGUAACUAUCAGAAGUGACAUUAUUAGAUAUUGCUACAAAUGUUUAAUCUCUGUUUCGCUGCAAGGCGAGAUAUUAGGCAUCAAUUCGUUAUGAGAAUUGUAUUUUGACGUCAUCUAUGUAGCAUUAAAGAAAUUUUUAUUCCGUUUUGCUUACAAUUUCCCAUUUUUCUACUCGAUCUUUCAUAUAUAUUUUUACUUUAGGUUUGGAAACCCUAGUUGUUCCAUAAAUCAUUUUGGAAAUUGUUUUCAGAGUUAUUGCCUUUAGGCCAAUUUGUAAUCAGUUGUAUUUCGUGCUUUUGAAAAACUGUAUACUGUAUUGUGUUA